AUGCGCUUAUCACCACGCCCGUCCGCCUCUCCCUCUUCCCCCUCCCCCCAGCUCCUGGACUGGACCCACAAGGCAGGCACAGACCCAGAGUCUUACGGCCGUCGUUGCGUAAGAGUUCUCCUCCCUCCUCCCCUGCGACUUGGGACCUGCAGUUGUUGUACUCCCCCACCACAUCGCCGGCCCCUAAACUGCCUAGUAUCGAGAACCUCUCUACUGUGCCGUCUGCAGUCUGUACUUCCCGAGACUACCUUCACCGGAGGUAUCGCCUGCCGUGCCAACUGUGCGCACGUGCUAGUACGCCCACCCGCCGUAAACACACCCAACAACCGUCCGUCUCUGACAAUGUGUUUCGUUGUGCCCCAGUAG